UUCUCACUUGCAGCUUUAUUUUUAGCUUUUAAACAACUGGUCUCCUAAAAAUGGGCCCACUCUGGGUGGGUUGGGAAAGAGGAGCAGCACUAUGUAUGGUAUCCACUGUCAGAACCUCACUGGCCCAACAGCUUUUCUCUUUUCCCUUUGUGUCCCACAGAGAAGAGACAUGAAGGAAUAAUCACAGAAGGAAAAGGGAACUUUUCUGGAGAAGUUUUUGGAUCUCUUUUGGGGAUGCUUCAAAGCAAUCACUGAUUGACUUCUUUGUACUUCUGAAAUCCUCCAGCAGGAUUUUCCUUCUGACCUCUGCUCACCAAGUCUUACUCUGAACCAUGCUGUCUUUGUGGUUUUUCCUGGUCCUUUGCACGAGCUUUGUGAAUGUAGUGCCGGCCGAGAAGGGCUUGGAGUUCCCACAGUACGACGGGAAGGACCGUGUCCUCAACAUCAAUGACAAGAACUACAAGAGAGCCGUGAAGAAGUACAGCAUGCUCUGCCUGUUCUACCACGAGCCGGUGCCGGACAGCAAGGAGCUGCAGAAACAACACCAGAUGACUGAGCUGGUGCUCGAGCUUGUAGCUCAGGUGAUGGAAGAGAAAGACAUCGGGUUUGGAAUGGUAGAUUCAAAGAAAGAUGCCAAGUUUGCAAAGAAACUAGGCCUGGAGGAGGAGGGAAGUGUGUAUGUUUUCAAGGCUGACCGGGUGAUUGAAUUUGAUGGCUUGCUAUCUGCCAACACUCUGGUGGAGUUCCUGUUGGAUCUGUUGGAGGACCCAGUAGAGAUUAUAGAGAAUGCCCUGGAGCUGAAAGCCUUUGACAGAAUGGAAGAAGACAUUCGGGUCGUUGGUUACUUUAAGAGCGAAGACUCAGAGCAUUUUGAAGCGUUUCAUGAAGCUGCAGAGCACUUUCAGCCCUACAUCAAAUUUUUUGCCACUUUUGAGAAAUCUGUGGCCAAAGAGCUGACUCUGAAGCUGAAUGAGGUCGAUUUCUAUGAGCCCUUCAUGGAUGAGCCGGUAACCAUGCCAGGAAAGCCUCACUCUGAGGAGGAGCUAGUGGAAUUCAUCACCAAACACAGACGGCCGACCCUGAGAAAGCUGCGUGCCGAGGAUAUGUUUGAGACCUGGGUCAGUGAAGAACAUUCAGAUCUGACUGCUGUUUUUCCAGCAGGCUUUGAUAUUUUUUUGUUUCAGGAGGACGACAUUGAGGGCAUCCACAUUGUGGCCUUUGCAGAAGAGGAGGACCCUGAUGGCUAUGAGUUUUUAGAGAUCCUGAAGGAAGUUGCUAGGGACAACACUCACCUUCCUGACCUCAGCAUCAUCUGGAUCGAUCCCGAUGACUUCCCUCUGCUGAUUCCCUACUGGGAGAAGACCUUCAAGGUGGAUCUGUUCAGGCCACAGAUUGGAGUCAUCAAUGUCACAGAUGCGGACAGCGUGUGGAUGGAAAUUGCAGAUGAGGAAGAUUUGCCCACGGCCCGGGAGCUAGAGGACUGGAUCGAGGAUGUCCUCUCUGGCAAAGUAAACACUGAAGAUGAUGAUGAUGAUGACGAUGAUGAUGACGAUGGUGAUGAUGACGACAUUGAUGAUGAAGACGAUGACGACGACGACGAUGAUGAUGAUGAUGAUGAUGAUGAUGAAUAAGAGUGUAAACAACAAUUCAGUACCUUUACUGUUAAGUACAAAAAUGUCUCAAUAAUUAAAAUUCAUUGAUACAUGAACUAAAUAUCUUAGGUGUGUUCUUGCUGUGUCUUUGUAAAUCCAUGCUUUCGUUCUUUUUUAAACACAGAAACAGUUUUGUUUACCUGUUUGUAGCUACCUACAGGUAAACAAAACUGUUUCUGUGUUUAAAAAAGAACGAAAGCAUGGAUGAACUAAAUAUGUUCCUGCUGAUAAUCUAAAACAAUUUUGAAAUCUUAAGAUCCAUUACAGUCUUAUUUGACUCUGUAAAUAAACCUUUCAUGUAAUUUGGGAUUUUAAAUUAAAAUAAAAUCUGUAAUCUUGGAACUGUUCACAAUGAAGGACUUACUUAUUCAUCCAAUGAUGCAAUCCCAGUCAUAGCAUCAAAAACAGCUCCAUCAAUGCAUAAUUUGUUUUUAAUUUUUUGUGUUUCAAUAACUUUGUACACCAAUUUAUAACAAUUAAUUUCAUAUUUUCAAAACAAAAUAUCACAUUUGGUAAUGGAGAUUAAGACAAAUAGGAAAAAGUAACCAACCUAUUUGCUCAUUGCAGAUCCAGAUGUUGCUGGAUAUGUCAGCUUUUUCUGAUAAGCCAUUUUUUUGUCAUGCAACUGAACAUCAACAGAUAAAUGCAUGAAUGAAACAGAUUAAGUUUGGAAUUUUUCCAUAACAAGUGCUGAUUUAACUCUGCUGUGGAUACUUAUGGGAGUAAAACAUACAAUAAGAUCUUAGAAUUGUGAUGUGUUACUGGGUUAUGUGCUUCAACAGCAGGAAUCUCAGUAAAAAAGCUAAAUAUUUCUGUCUCUCUGCUCACAGGGCAAGAAAAUUAAAAACCCAAGAUGAUCAAAAAGAUA